UCCAAGAUGGCCGCCGGAGCACAGACUCCAGACUUGUAGCGUCAAACUCCGAAAGAAAGCGGAAAAAAAGCUCUUUCUCCUCGGCCCACUUCAAAGCUCACUUAGCAACAUGAGCGGACGAUGACGUUUGUUAGCAGCACGAUAGCCGAGCACGACGCCAGUAGAGCGAUGGCAAAAGCCACCAGGCUUUAGGAGGGAUUGAUUGUAAAGGCAGCAUGGACAGCUUCUUCAAAGCGGCAGUUUGUGACCUGGACAAAGUGCUGGACGACUUUGAGCUGAGCGCAGAUGAAGUCGCCCGCAAGUCGGUCUUCGGAAAGUCCCCGCCGUACAAGUUGACGGCUUUGGGCUCCUCCGGGGCGUCCGGCGUGCCCCCCGACCUUCCCGACCUCAGCGCUCUCCGCUACGGCGGUAGCGCCGAGCACAACGGCGAGGCCCCGGUUCAGCCUCUGACCCACGUGGACCUGCUCUCCUCCGUAGACCGCGGCGCCGCUCAGAGCUCGGCACUUCCCUGCCCCGACCGGGCCCUCGAGCCCGUGUGCGACCUGGUCAACGACACCGGUUCGGCCGUCCGAGCCGACAGCCACGAUGCCUUCGGCGAGCUGGACGCCGCCGAGAGGCGGUUGGAGGAAGAAGAGAAGGAGAUGGAGGAGAGCGAGGAGGAAGAGGAGCUCCUGUUGGACUUCAGCAACCUGGUGCUGGAGGACCGCGACAUGCCCAGCCAGAACUCCAACUGGCACCAGCAGCUGAGUCUGCUGGACAUCAUCCUUCCUGCGUUUCCUGCAGAGGACGUGCGAGUGGAAGCGCGAGAUGACGGCGAGGCCCAAGACGAAGGCUACGAGGAGGAGACCCCGGAAGACGACCCGGCCGAGAUGGGCGCUCAAACCUCGAGCGCCUCGCUAGGCUCUCCGGAACCCCCGGCGGGUCCCAGCAAGGUGGAGUCGCCCCCAGAGUCGGACAACGAAGCUCCCGUUAGCAGCCCUGGAGAGCGACGCGAAGAUGAGGGGACGGAGGCGGACUCUCUGUCAGCUUUGGACGCUUCUUGCCGUGAGGAACCCCUCCACUCGAUUUCCCAGCAGCAGCAGCAGCAGCAGCAGGAGCGCUGCGUGGUAGAGCUUCCCGCCCCCGUCCCUCCCGCCGAAGCUUUGCCCUCGGAGCCCAGCCCGGUGGACCUACCCGAGUUCGGCUUCGAGUAUCUGCCUGAGAGCGACCAGGCUGAGCUGCUGGUCACGGACGAGGAGCUGGACGCCUUCCUGCGGGCUGAGGCUGAGCGGGGCGGCGUCUCCGUCCAGCGGGGGGAGGCGGCGCCGCCGCCCGACGGGGAGCUUGCUUACGAGGAGCCGAGGAGUUGCGCGCAAGCUCUGCGAGGCCCGGCGUCUCCGGAAAGUGACAGAAGCCUUCCGACGUCGUCUCUCUGCCGGGACUCGCCUUGUCAGGAAGGGAGCCGUCCCCCCACCGAGCAGCAGCAGCGCAUUUCCCACGGAGGGGCGAGACCCAAGCAGCCGCUCCCGCCUGCCUCCGCCGCCACGUCUUCCCAAUCGGCAGAUGAGAAAGACGAGGAGCAGGAGGAGAACCAUGACGCCGACCGCAACGAGGAGCAGGAGGAGAGUCCGCCACGCAUGAGCCCGGGCUUCCUGCCGCAUUCCCUCGGCGGCUCGCUCUACGCGGCACCGGAGCCGCCGGAAUACACGGCCAGCUACGAGGAGCUCUCCGAGCCGCCGCCCUACCCCGGCGAGGGCGGCGCUCGGCCCGCCGGCUGGAAGGAGGAGGAGCCGGGCGGCCGGCAGCCCGCCUGGGUGCCCGACUCGGAAGCCCCCAACUGCAUGAACUGCUCGCACAAGUUCACCUUCACCAAGCGGCGCCAUCACUGCCGCGCUUGCGGCAAAGUGUACUGCGCGGGCUGCUGCAACCGCAAGUGCAAGCUCAAGUACUUGGAGAAGGAGGCGCGCGUGUGCGUCGUCUGCUUUGACACCUUGCAAAGAGCGCAGGCCCUGGAGCGGAUGAUGAGCCCCACGGGUCCCGGUCCCAACCCCAACGUCCCGUCACAGUACUGCAGCACCAUCCCGCCCCUGCAGCAAGCCCGGGCCGCCGGCACCCUCAACUCGCCGCCGCCCACCGUCAUGGUGCCCGUGUCGGCGCUCAAGCACCCCGGCGGCAGCGACGGCUGCCCCCGGGAGCACAAGCGAGUUUGGUUCGCCGACGGCAUCCUGCCCAACGGGGAAGUGGCCGACACCGGCAAGCUGGCGGCGCCCGGUUGCCGGAGCUCACCCGAGUCGGAAGAAACGGCGGUACGCCCGACGACGCGCCGCGGCGAGUCAGGCGCCCACUCAUCGGCUCCCUUCUGUCUUCAUCAGUCGGGCCCGAGCGUCCCAGAGGGGGUCCCGCCUCCCCCUUGCGGCCCAUGGCACUAUGCGCUGCUGGCGGGCUUGGGCUCUGCGGUCCGGAAGGCUCCCAGUCUGCUGCCCGACUCGGAGGACCAACUUCCUCCUCUCCUCAUUGCCACGGCGGAGGAUGCAGCAGGAGCAGACGUCUUGGUGGAGGAGAGCCCCGCGCCUUGCCAGAUUCGACACCUCUUAGAAGAGGGGGGUCCUCGUCCUUUGACCUUUGUCCUCAACGCCAACCUGCUGGUCAACGUCAAGAUGGUCACCUACGGCGAGCGUGAGUGCUGGUGCUUGGGCUCCAACGGGCUGCGAGCCCUGGGCCAGAGGGAGCUGGUCUUCCUCCUGGAGCGUGUCCCAGAAGACCGAACGCCCCCCCGAGACCUCUUUGCGCUGUGCCUCAGUAUUCAGCAGGACGCACAAAGAGGCAAGUUUGUGGACGAGCUGGACAACGUGACCUUUGCCGGCAGCUUCCUGGGCAGCAAAGAUCACGGCGGGAUGCUCUUCUUCUCUCCCACCUGUCAGCCGCUGGAGGGCCUGACUCUGCCCUCGUGGCCUUUCCUCUUUGGCCUUCUCAUCCAAAAGCUGGAGGUGCCCUGGGCCAAGGUCUUCCCCCUCAGGCUGCUUCUACGACUCGGCGCCGAGUACGACGUGUACCCCAGCACCCCCGUGAGCGUGCGUUUUCGGGAAUCGGUUUAUCGCGAGACGGGACACACCAUCAUGAACCUCCUGGCGGACCUGAGGAACUACCAAUACAGCCUGGCGUCCGUGGAGGGUCUGAGGGUCCACAUGGAGGUGGGCCGCAGCUUCAUCGACAUCCCCAAAAGCAGCUUUGGCCAGAUGCAGCGGGUGUUGAGCGGUGCCAACGAGCACGUGAUCACCGUCGGCGCCACCUUGAGUCUGCGGGCCGACUCGCACCUGGUGUGCUUCCAGAACGAGGACGGCGGCUACCGGACGCAAGCCGCCAGCGUGCCCGGCAAGACGCGCACGGUGACAGGGGCCAGCUUCGUGGUCUUCAACGGCGCCCUGAAAGCCUCGUCGGGCUUCAUCGCCAAGUCAAGCAUCGUAGAAGACGGUCUGAUGGUGCAGAUGCCCCCCGAGACCAUGGACGCCCUGCGCGCGGCCCUGCGCGAGCAGAACGACUUCAACAUCGCCUGCGGAAGGACGGACGAGACGGACGUCCGGGAAAACGUCAGCGUGCGCUGGCUUGACUGGACGCCGCCCAUCAACACCGGAAUGACAAGUGACGUGGACGGGCGGAGUCUGGAGGGCGCGCGCUCCGUGAGGAUGCGGCAGGACGCCGAGUUCGAGUGUGACGGACAAGUCAUCGCGUGUUCCGAGGUCUUCUACCAGCCGACGUCCGCCGAGCACAGCCCGGCGGCGCCGGCGGCGUGCGCCGCCUUCCAGAAGGAGCUGGCCGCGGCCGCCUGCGGCGCUUUGACACCUCAUCUGGGCGCCCUCGCCGCCAGCGCCAUCAACUCCUUCGGCCUGCGUGUGUCCACGCGAGACGACGUGGUGGAGUACCAGGCCGGUUGGGGCGAGCGCCCCCUCCCCCAGCGCUACACCAACGAGCUGGACAGCGCGCUGAUCCCCGUCAUCCACGGGGGCGGCGCCAUCGUGCCACCGCCAGCCCCCGUGGACAUGGAGCUGCUCUUCUUCAUCACACACGCCAUCUGAAGCUCAAACCAGUGGUUCUAGAAGAGGACGGGGGGGGCGGAGCUUGAGGAGCCAACAAAUGCCAGGAGCCCACCGUUGUUGCUCUCUUUGUGGUCGUUCUGCUGGCAGCAAACUCAAAACUUUAAUGUGGUGACAUUCGAUUGACGUGCGUGUCCCCAACUCAAAGAGCAACGACUCGCUCCAAAUCAAAAUGGCCCGCCCGCCCUCUCUCUCUUCAGAUUUUGGCCCACCUGGUUUGAUGCCGUCUCGGGGCCCAGGAAUGGCGUGGAUGCGAGAGGAGGCGCUUGGGCAUGUCAGGUUUUGCUCUUGCGCCAUCUUGUGGCACCUGUGGGCCAUUACAGAUUCCGAGGAUCUUUUUUUGCCCACCGCUGACACUUCAUUGAUCAUGACUAAUUCUGAAUGUACUUAUGCUGCAGCUUUAAACUUGACAGUGUAGGGUUCAAAGGUCACACUGUCGCCAGCGUCCGACCGAACUUCUCGGGGACCCCAGUGCAUUGCGUGAGACCAUUGUGUUGCUUUUUUUCUUAUUUUAUUUCAUCUCGAGUCUUUAUUGAAUAAAUGUGCAUAAGAGA